CCUGGGGGUCUUUGUUCGCGUCUGAGGGUCUCCGGGAGCAAUAGGACCCCCAGAGCGGGGCGGCAGGUGUGUGAGGCCGCCCUGUCGGGCUCCUCAGGUCCGCGGAGCAUCAGGCAGCCGAGGCCGAGGCCCCUCCUCUCGCUGGCGCUGUGCCCGCCCCCUACGCGUCUUUCCGGGAGGGGAGCAUCUCGGGGAAGGCCAUGGGCCCCGGCAUCGCCCCGGCUGGCUUCCAGGAGUCGGUGACCUUCAAGGAUGUGGCUGUGGAGUUCACCUGGGAGGAGUGGAAGCACCUGGAUCCCGCUCAGAGGAACCUGUUCAGGGAUGUGAUGCUGGAGAACUACGGGAAUCUCGUCUCCCUGGGGCUUGCAGUUACCAAGCCAGAUGUUAUUUUCCAGUUGGAGAGAGGAGAUGCGCCCUGGAGGCUUGAGAUAGAAGUCCCAAGAAGCACCCCUACAGAAUGCCUUAAUCUGGAAUCAAGGUGGAAAACAACAGAGACUAUUGCAAUCCAAGGCAUUUCUUUAGGGAAGUUAUCUAAAAAAAGAACCAAGGAUGGACCAUGGGAUUCUGUGUUAGGAGAAGGUUGGGAAUGUGCUUUUAGGCUGGAGCAAGAGAAGGCCAACUGUGAAAAGCAAUCCCAGCAAGUGACAAUCCCUCAUAAAAAAACUUCUGAUAUUUAUACCAAUGAAUGUAAUAUGUUGGGAACAGGUUUCAGUCUGAGGUCCUUCCUGAUUUCACAGCAUCAAGAUCAUAGGAGGAAAAAUAUUCAUAAAUGUGAUAUACAUGGAAUAAACUUUAAACAAUGUUCAGAAAAAUGUAAGCAUAAUAAUAUUUUUUCUGAGGCACUUUGCAAAUAUAAAUAUAGGAAGGCAGACAAUUGUAAUUCAGAUCUUACUCAAAAUGAUAGAAAAUACACUGAAAAAAAAUCGUGUGAAGGUGGGAAAGUGUUGAGUAGCAAUGUAUCCUUUACAAAUCAGAUUAUUCCAGUUGCAUCGAAAUCUUUUCAAUAUAAAACAUGUGGGAAAGACUCUAGCUGUACAUCUCUUCUUCUGUAUCAAGAACUUCACACUGAAGAGGAACCCUUUGCAUGUAAAGAAUGGGAAAAAUCCUUUAACUGGCAUGGACAACUUACUGAACAUAAAAGAGUUCAUACUGGAGAAAAACCCUUUGAAUGUAACAAAUGUGGGAAAUCAUUUAGCUGGAGAGGACAGCUUACUAUACAUAAAAGAAUUCAUACUGGAGAGAAGCCCUUCAUAUGCAAUGAAUGUGGAAAAUCCUUUAAUCAAGGUGGAAAGCUUACUGAACACAAGAGAAUUCAUAGUGGAGAGAAACCCUUCCCUUGCAAUGAAUGUGGAAAAUCUUUUAAUCGGCGUAAAGCACUCAUUAUUCAUAGGAGGAUUCAUACGGGAGAGAAACCCUUUGGUUGUAGUGAGUGUGGAAAAUUCUUCAACCAGAGGGGACAUCUUACUGGGCAUAAGAAAAUUCAUACUGGAGAAAAACCCUUUGAAUGUAACGAAUGUGGAAAAUUCUUCAGGCGAAGACGACACCUUACUAGACAUAUGGUGAUUCAUACGGGAGAGAAACCCUUUCAGUGUAAUGAAUGUGGGAAAGCCUUUAAUGAAUGUGGAAAGCUUACUGAACACAAGAGAAUUCACACAGGAGAGAAGCCCUUUGAGUGUACUGAUUGUGGGAAAUCCUUUAAUUCAAAUGGACAACUUACUACACACAGAAGAAUUCAUACUGGAGAGAAACCUUUUGUGUGUAAUGAAUGUGGGAAAUCUUUUAGGUGGUGUCGAGAUCUUAAUGAACAUAAGAGAAUUCAUACUGGAGAGAAACCCUUUCAGUGUAAUGAAUGUGGAAAGUCCUUUAAUCGUCGAAAAGCACUUAUUGUGCAUAGAAGGAUUCACACUGGAGAAAAGCCCUUUGAAUGUAGUGAAUGUGGAAAAUUCUUCAAUCAGCGUGGAAACCUUACUGAGCAUAAGAGAAUUCAUACUGGAGAAAAGCCUUUUGAAUGUAAUGAAUGUGGGAAAUCAUUUAACUGGAGAGGGCAGCUUACCAUACAUAAAAGAAUUCAUACUGGAGAGAAACCUUUUGUAUGCAAUGAAUGUGGAAAAUCCUUUAAUCAGUGUGGAAAACUUACUGAACACAAACGAAUUCAUACUGGAGAAAAACCAUUUGAAUGUAAUGAAUGUGGAAAAUCCUUUAACUGGAGUGGACAACUUACUACACAUAAAAGAGUUCACACUGGAGAGAAACCCUUUGAAUGUAAUGAAUGUGGGAAAUCUUUUAGCAGGAGUGCAUCCCUUACUAAACAUAAAAGAAUCCAUACUGGCGAGAAACCCUUUGAAUGUACUGAGUGUGGGAAAUUUUUUAACUGUCAUGCACACCUUACUGAACACAAGAGAAUUCACACUGGAGAAAAACCCUUUGAAUGUAAUGAUUGCGGGGUCUCCUUUAGGUGGAGAGGACAACUCACUAGACAUAAGAGGAUUCAUACAGGAGAAAAACCCUUUGAAUGCAAUGCAUGUGGAAAAUUCUUCAAUCAGCGUGGAAACCUUACUGAACAUGAGAGAAUUCACACUGGAGAGAAACCCUUUGAAUGUACUGAAUGUGGAAAAUCCUUUAAACAGCGAGGAAACCUUACAGAUCAUAAGAGAAUUCAUACUGGAGAGAAGCCCUUUGAAUGUAAUCAAUGUGGCAAAUCCUUUAAUCGUCGUGGAAAGCUUACUGACCACAAGAGGAUUCAUACUGGAGAGAAACCUCUUUGAUAUGAAUGUGGGAAUUACUUUCCUGAUAGAGCAGUGCUUGGCGAUGUUAGAGAAUUCAUGUUGCAGAGAAAUCCUUGAGUGUAAUGAAGGUGGAUAAUUCUUUCAUUGGCAAGGAUAGCUUACUAGCACAAGAAAAGUCAUUCAAAAAGAAACAUGUGAUUGUAGUGAAAAUCCUUUAACCAAAGUGGAUAGUUAUUAUACAUGAAAUUCAUACUGAAUUAAAGCCAUUAGAAUGUUAAUGCAGACUGUCCUUUAGCUGAUAGAAGAUCUUAUUGAGCAUGAGAAUUCAUGCUCCGGAGAAAGUUUUUGCAGAGUAUAGCAGCUUGACUUGUUUAUCAAUCACCUUGAAAUGAACACAUCAUACUGUAUUUUUAAUUUCUCUGAAAAAAAGACACAUACUUCAUGUCACCAGUUUUUCUUUUCUGCUUAAAUUUGUUUCCAAGGAAUCAGCUUCCCUCUAUUUCUAGCUUUUCCUCUGUAGAUAUGAAAAACAUCUACUUCUUUCUCUGAGCUUCAAAAUCUCCCUUAACUGUAUUUUUUUUCAGGGCCAAUUAAGUAAUAUUUCAUCUUAAAUCCAUAAUAAAGGCCCAACUUGAGGUCAGUUAUCCAGCUAUAUUUCUCUUUCCUGUUGUGAAGUACUCUCAAUGGAAAAAAAAAGAAAAACUACCAACUCUUUUUUGUUGAGAAUGAGUCCACUUGAGAUAUAAGGCUGAGCUGAAUGGGCACAUUACUGGUUGAUUUUAAUGGUGGGCUCUCUGUACUCUAGAUGAUUAGGAACCGUGGGUUUAGGGGAUGCAUAGCUCUUUUGGGUGACAGUCCAGAUCUUAUAGUGAACUGUUCUCACCAUAUUUUAAGUUUCUGGGUGUCACUUGUGUUUGUGUUUGCCUGCAAUAAACCUUGCCACCACAUCGUCACUUAUAUUGAAUCUAAGAUUUGAUUAGUAUAUCCAAUCAGCCACCACACCUUUGGACCAGCAUACAAGCGUACAAAUGUACAAGUGUGUAGGUGAAGGCGUAAGCGAAUAAUAAUUUAUAAUAAGUUCUAUUAUUAUAGUAAGUGCCUAUAAUAAUAGGUCAUUUUAACCUAUUAUUUGUUGGGUUAAAUAUAAUAAACAAAGAUAUGUUUAGUAAUGUCCUGCCUCAUCUGACAAUGUAAAGUUCAUAUCCAAGACAGAUCUUACAUAAUUAGUAUGAGAAAGUUUUCAGCCACAGCCUUUGCCUUAUGUGGCAUUAAAGUAUUCACAAAACAGAGGAUCUCAGGAACCAGAACCCAUUCCUGUCUAGUGUUCUCCCUCAUUUACCAGUGAUACUGUAGUCAUCCCACCUCUGAUUGAAAAUCGUCACUGAAUGGGAACCCACUACUUAAAGAACUUCAUAUUCUUUAACUUCAUAUAUGUUAGGAAGAAGGCAGCUAGGUGGUGCAAUGGCUAGAGUAUUAUGUCUGAAGUCAAGAAUAUUCAUCAUUCUGACUUCAUAUCUGCUGGGCAAGUCACUUAACCCUGUUUGCCUCAGUUCCUCUUUUGUAAAAUGACCUGGAG